AUGGAGGUUAGGUGGGUGAAUGAUAGGUUAAUGACUAUUAAGUUGGUGGUUGGAGAGUGCACCCUAAAUGUUGUUAGCGCUUACGCGCCGCAAGCGGGCUUGAAUGAGGAGGUUAAAAGGCGCUUCUGGGAGGGGUUGGAUGAGAUUGUGCGUAAUAUUCCUCCUGCUGAGAGGUUAUUUAUAGGAGGAGAUUUUAAUGCAAACAAUGGGUCGACUGCAGGUGGCUAUGGCGAGGUGUACGGAGGCUUCGAUUUUAAGAAUAAGGACGCAGGAGGUACUUCGCAGUUGGAUUUCACUAGGGCAUUUGAGCUGGUGAUUGCAAACUCCAGCUUUCCGAAGAGGGAGGAGAAUUUGGUUACUUUCCAAAGUAUGGUGGAAUGA